UGAGCGAUGGAGCAAAAAAGCUGACGUUAUAUUUUUAUUUUUUUUCUCUGGAGAAAACUGAAAAUCCGCGAGAAAAUAAAAGAAAUGGGAAGAAAAAGCGAGCUCUGAAGCUUUUCUUCUGACUCUGUGAUACUCGCAGUAUCUUUUAUACCAGCUUACAGCCUUAGAUAUGAAAUAGAAAUAAAUUCUUUGAAUCUUCCAGUUCCAGACCGUGCCAUGUAUUGUGAGUAAGAAAGAGGAAGACUUUUGAUCAAAGUGAAAAAUCUAGAAAGUUGAGCAUAAUCUAUAUGCAUUCCCACCUUCCAAUUUGGUUGGUGGAGUUAGAUGGAUGUUCCCUCUGCAGCACCUAAUAGUGACACCCAAGGUGACCAAUUUCCUUUGCUACUAGAGCAGAUGGAAAGUCAUAACAAUUGUGUGCACGUAAUUGAUGUAACAAGGAAUUAUGAUGCUUCAUCAAGUACAUCUAGUGAUGACCAACGUCCUAGAGUGGACAUGCCCCAGCAUGAAGACAGACCAUCAGCGAGUACACAUGCCCCGACUUAUCUAGGUGCAUCAUUUUCAUCAAACAGAUUAAAUUCUAGGAAUUCCUCAUUUGUGAGGAGACGUGAUGGGUAUAGUCAUCGCCGAAGAAGCCCUUUAAAUUCAGGGUUAUGGAUUUCCGUUGAGCUUGUUGUCACUGUGAGUCAGAUUACAGCAUCUAUUGUUGUUUUGUCACUUUCAACAAACGAAGAUCCACAAGCCCCUUUGUUUGCAUGGGUUGUGGGUUAUGCAUCAGGUUGUGUUGCAACACUUCCUGUUCUUUACUGGAGGUUCCGUAACCGCAACAGGGCUGCUGAGCAAGAAUCCAUUCAAUCGCAUCAAGGGUCUUCUGUAAGCAGUCCUGAACCAACGUCUUAUACAGCUAUUUCAAUUACUCAAGCUUCAGAUGAAGAGCACAAUCGCACCUCCGAAACGGUUACAACUAACCCUCAAAUUGGAGGACCCUUAAGUGCAAGAAUUAAUGGGUUAGUGGAUCAUUUCAAGAUGGCCUUAGAUUGCUUCUUUGCAGUCUGGUUUGUUGUAGGCAAUGUGUGGAUUUUUGGAAGUCACUCUUCUCCUUCUGAUGCUCCUAAACUGUACAAGUUAUGCAUAGUGUUCCUUACCUUCAGCUGUAUUGGAUAUGCAAUGCCAUUCAUACUAUGUGCAACAAUUUGCUGCUGCCUACCUUGCAUCAUUUCUGUCCUCGGAUUUCGAGAGGAUCUUUCUCAGACUAGAGGAGCCACCGUGGAAUCAAUUAAUGCUCUCCCGACGUACAAAUUCAAGUUGAAGGAAAACGAGAGCAAUGAUGAUCAGGAGGGCAACCUAGGUAGUGAAUGUGGCCUCUUGGCUGCAGGGACAGAAAAGGAGCGUGAGAUAUCUGGAGAAGAUGCGGUUUGUUGUAUUUGCUUGGCAAAGUAUGCAGAUGACGAUGAGCUACGGGAGCUACCAUGUUUACAUGUCUUUCACGUGGAGUGUGUUGACAAAUGGUUGAAAAUAAAUGCAUCGUGUCCCCUUUGCAAAAGUGAGGCCGGAGAGAGCAGCGGCGAGGCCAGGGACUCCAGCCAACAAUAGGGUAAGCAAGAUGAGCUCAGCGAUGACGUUGUAUAUGAAAGCAGAGAUUAUUCUAAAUUAUGGAACGGUUAAACCCCAAUUGGGGUGGUUCAUCCAAGUGCGAAAAUCUCCAUCUCGUUUCACAAAUAGAUGCCUUUGACAACUGAGACCGUUCGUUGUCUUGGGUUUUAUUAUGUGGACUCGCGGUUCAGUAUAUCUGUAAAUUUCAUCUCUACUAAUCAAAAUAUACGCUGGAGUUUUGUAUUCUUUCUGUGGUUGGCAUCCAUUGCUAUAGGGAAAAAAAUGACUGCUGUUUCACGUCCA